CGCUUCACUCCCGGAAAUCCAACAAGUCGAGGCAGAGCAUCAUGUUGCUAAUGAAAACAAUGAUGAGCGUGAAGCUGACAUAACGACGUAACAGAAGAUUUUCCUGGUUUAUAUCAUGGAGCAGUACACGAUCCUAGGACGCAUCGGCGAGGGAGCACAUGGCAUUGUACUGAAGGCAAAACACACAGAGAGUGGUGAAGUGGUGGCCUUGAAGAAAGUCCCCCUCAGGAAUCUGGACGAUGGAAUUCCAAACACAGCUCUAAGAGAAAUUAAGGCUCUACAAGAGAUAGAAGAUAAUCCAUAUACGGUGAAGCUGCGGGAGGUGUUCCCUCACGGGACGGUGAUCGUGUUGGUGUUUGAGUACAUGCUGUCUGACCUGUCUGAGGUGAUACGAAACUCGGAAAAACCUCUCUCCGAAGCCCAGGUGAAGUCCUUCAUGCUGAUGUUGCUGAAAGGAGUUGCCUUCUGCCAUGAGAACAACAUCAUGCAUCGGGACUUGAAGCCAGCCAACCUCCUAAUCAGCUCCACAGGACAUCUAAAGAUUGCUGACUUUGGUCUUGCGAGAGUGUUUGAGAACAAACGAGACAGGCAGUACAGUCACCAGGUGGCUACACGAUGGUACAGAGCGCCGGAGUUGUUGUACGGAGCCAGGAAAUAUGACGAGGGUGUGGACCUGUGGGCUGUGGGCUGUAUUUUUGGAGAGCUGCUCAACAACUCCCCUUUGUUCCCGGGGGAGACCGACAUAGAGCAGCUGGUGUACGUCCUCCGUGUACUGGGUACCCCAAACAAGGACACCUGGCCGGGAAUGACAGACCUGCCAGACUACCACAAGAUCUCUUUCCCCUACAACCCCCCGAUUCCCUUCGAGGAGAUCCUCCCUGACGCCUCCCCAGUGGCCCUGGAUCUUCUCAAGAAGUUUUUGGUUUACCCCACAAAGAAAAGGAUCUCGGCUAAGGAGGCUCUCCUGCAUCCUUACUUCUUCACGGAGCCCCUGCCUGCCCAUCACUCCGAGCUGCCCAUCCCCCAGCGUACCCGGCGGAGUGGGCUGCAGCACAAGCACCAGACGCACGAAUACACAAUGGACACCCCCCUAGAGGACUCCUUGCUAGACCCCGAGCUCAUAGCACCCCACUCCAUCAGACUCAAGUAGAGACCCCGAGCUCAUAGCACCCCACGCCAUCAGACUCAAGUAGAGACCCCGAGCUCAUAGCACCCCACGCCAUCAGACUCAAGUAGAGGCCCCGAGCUCAUAGCCCCCAGACGCCAUCAGACUCAAGUAGAGACCCCGAGCUCAUAGAACCCCCAUGCCAUCAGACUCAAGUAGAGGCCCCGAGCUCAUAGCCCCCAGACGCCAUCAGACUCAAGUAGAGGCCCUGAGCUCAUAGCACCCCAGAUGCCAUCAGACUCAAGUAGAGACCCCUAGCUCAUAGCCCCCAGACGCCAUCAGACUCAAGUAGAGACCCCUAGCUCAUAGCACCCCACGCCAUCAGACUCAAGUAGAGACCCCUAGCUCAUAGCCCCCAGACUCCAUCAGACUCAAGUAGAGGCCCUGAGCUCAUAGCACCCCACGCCAUCAGACUCAAGUAGAGACCCCAAGCUCAUAGCCCCCAGAUGCCAUCAGACUCAAGUAGAUACUCCGAGCUCAUAGCCCCCCCAUGCCAUCAGACUCAAGUAGAGACCCCUAGCUCAUAGCACCCCACGCCAUCAGACUCAAGUAGAGACCCCGAGCUCAUAGCCCCCAGACGCCAUCAGACUCAAGUAGAGGCCCCGAGCUCAUAGCCCCCAGAUGCCAUCAGACUCAAAUAGAGACCCCGAGCUCAUAGCCCCCAGACACCAUCAGACUCAAGUAGAGACCCCGAGCUCAUAGCACCCCACGCCAUCAGACUCAAGUAGAGACCCCAAGCUCAUAGCACCCCCAUGCCAUCAGACUCAAGUAGAGACCCCAUGAAUGACAACACUAGCAUCCAUCCAUCCAUAACAUGCAAUCAACCACCUCACCUCCGGAUCCAUUUCAUCACUGGGAACCUAUAAUAUUACCCAGAAUCCCCACUGGCUCAAUUAUAUAUAUGUUUGUUUGGUAUGACAAUGCAUACAAUUAGUCCAUUGUAAGAUUUACAUUUCAUUGUUUGCAAUCACCUUAUGUUGAAAUCCACUAGGCAGGUAAGAAAAUGAAAUUGCAGAGGUGGAUCCAGAAUUUUGAACAAGGAGAGUGCACAUUGUAAGGCAUGAAGUAAACAAAACACAUGAUAGGUACACAUCAUCAUCAUCAUCAUCAUCAUCAUCAUCAUCAUCAUCAUGGGGCGGUCUGGUAGCCUAGUGGUUAAAGCGUUCGCCCGUCAUGCCAAAGGUUUGAUUCCCCACAUGGGUACAAUGUGUGAAGCUCAUUUUUGGUGUCCCCCGCCGUCAUCAUCAUCAUCAUCAUCAUCAUCAUCAUCAUCAUUAUUAUCAUUAUUAUUCAACCGAUGUAAUAGUAAUAUUUCAUAGAUAUGAGGACAUUGGGGAAGGUAUAUUUCUGAAUUGUUUGAUAGGCAUUACUUAGAAGUUGCCAGAUGACAAACAAAGUAGAGAUAAUUUAUGGAAUACAAUAUAUAUAUUUCUGUAUAGUUGUUUAUUACAGUCACCACUGGUACAAACUGCACAGCAUUAAGACUGGCACUUUGUGUAGCAAGCCUUGAGACUGGCACUUUGUGAAGCAAGCCUUGAGACUGGCACUUUGUGAAGCAAGCCUUGAGACUGGCAUUUUGUGUAGCAAGCCUCGAGACUGGCACUUUGUGAAGCAAGCCUUGAGACUGGCACUUUGUGUAGCAAGCCUUGAGACUGGCACUUUGUGAAGCAAGCCUCGAGACUGGCACUUUGUGAAGCAAGCCUCGAGACUGGCACUUUGUGAAGCAAGCCUCGAGACUGGCACUUUGUGAAGCAAGCCUUGAGACUGGCACUUUGUGAAGCAAGCCUCGAGACUGGCACUUUGUGUAGCAAGCCUUGAGACUGGCACUUUGUGAAGCAAGCCUUGAGACUGGCACUUUGUGAAGCAAGCCUCGAGACUGGCACUUUGUGAAGCAAGCCUCGAGACUGGCACUUUGUGAAGCAAGCCUCGAGACUGGCACUUUGUGAAGCAAGCCUCGAGACUGGCACUUUGUGAAGCAAGCCUCGAGACUGGCACUUUGUGAAGCAAGCCUCGAGACUGGCACUUUGUGAAGCAAGCCUCGGGACUGGCACUUUGUGAAGCAAGCCUCGGGACUGGCACUUUGUGAAGCAAGCCUUGAGACUGGCACUUUGUGAAGCAAGCCUCGAGACUGGCACUUUGUGAAGCAAGCCUUGAGACUGGCACUUUGUGAAGCAAGCCUUGAGACUGGCACUUUGUGUAGCAAGCCUCGAGACUGGCACUUUGUGAAGCAAGCCUGGAGACUGGCACUUUGUGUAGCAAGCCUCGAGACUGGCACUUUGUGAAGCAAGCCUUGAGACUGGCACUUUGUGUAGCAAGCCUUGAGACUGGCACUUUGUGAAGCAAGCCUUGAGACUGGCACUUUGUGAAGCAAGCCUCGAGACUGGCACUUUGUGAAGCAAGCCUCGAGACUGGCACUUUGUGAAGCAAGCCUCGAGACUGGCACUUUGUGUAGCAAGCCUUGAGACUGGCACUUUGUGAAGCAAGCCUCGAGACUGGCACUUUGUGUAGCAAGCCUUGAGACUGGCACUUUGUGAAGCAAGCCUUGAGACUGGCACUUUGUGAAGCAAGCCUCGAGACUGGCACUUUGUGAAGCAAGCCUCGAGACUGGCACUUUGUGAAGCAAGCCUCGAGACUGGCACUUUGUGAAGCAAGCCUCGAGACUGGCACUUUGUGAAGCAAGCCUUGAGACUGGCACUUUGUGAAGCAAGCCUCGAGACUGGCACUUUGUGAAGCAAGCCUUGAGACUGGCACUUUGUGAAGCAAGCCUUGAGACUGGCACUUUGUGAAGCAAGCCUCAGGACUGGCACUUUGUGAAGCAAGCCUUGAGACUGGCACUUUGUGAAGCAAGCCUCGAGACUGGCACUUUGUGUAGCAAGCCUUGAGACUUGCACUUUGUGAAGCAAGCCUUGAGACUGGCACUUUGUGAAGCAAGCCUCGAGACUGGCACUUUGUGAAGCAAGCCUCGAGACUGGCACUUUGUGAAGCAAGCCUCGAGACUGGCACUUUGUGAAGCAAGCCUUGAGACUGGCACUUUGUGAAGCAAGCCUUGAGACUGGCACUUUGUGAAGCAAGCCUUGAGACUGGCACUUUGUGAAGCAAGCCUUGCACUGCUAUUUGUGGUCCUGUGGAAUGUUCUGUUGUCAUCAUGUUAACCUUAUUGUUGCUGCUGUGAUUAAUCCAUCAGUCCACUGUCAUAUAUCUUGCAAAAUAUUUCUUUCAGUUUUAUGGCAAGACAAUUUUCAUGAAUACAAAUAAAAAGACAGCAAUGUCUAAAUUCGA